AUGUCUUUCUGUUUUAAAGGCAGCAGUAAAGGAUUCAUCCCUGGACAAGGAGAAAAGAAUUGGACUGAAGCUCAGAAAUACUGCAGAGAGAGUCACACAGAUCUGGCCAGCGUGAGGAAUCAGACUGAGAAUGAACAGAUUCAGAAGAUCAUAGACCAAAACAUACCUUCACAUAAUCAAGAUAAUCAAGUCUGGAUCGGUCUGCACAGACUCUGGGUUUGGUCAGAUAACAGCACCUCCACAUUCACACACUGGAAACCUAAUAAUAAUAACAACAAUCGUAAGAACUGCACAUUGAUUGUUAUCAGAGAUGAAGGACGAUGGAAAGAUGAGGAGUGUUCAGAAAAGCAUCCCUUUGUGUGUUAUGAUGAUAAUCUGGUUCUGGUCCGAGAGAAUAAGACGUGGACUGAAGCUCUGAGACGCUGCAGAAACAUGGACAUGGACCUGGUGUCGGUGGAUUCGGAGCAGAUGCAGCAGCGGGUGAUGAAUGUGACCUCGAGCGCUCUCUCUGAUCACGUGUGGCUGGGUCUGCGUCACUCCUGCACAGUGGGGAUCUGGUUCUGGGUCAAAGGUCAGACCGUGUGCUACGAUCAGUGGGCUUCUGAUUAUGACAUCGGACUGGACGAAUGUGAUCAGACGGUGAGAUCUGGAGCCAUUCGGACCCAUGAUAAUCACUGGAUCAGCCUUCCUGAAACUGAAGAAAUCAACUUCAUCUGCACCAAGUACAUGUGAUCCAGAUUACACAAUCAGAUUACUAACAUGAAGCACUUGUGAUGAGAUUAUAUAAUAUUUAAAAUGCCCAUAAUCAGAUACCUGUUAAUUAUUGAUUUUAUUGAUUACAUAUUCAGACAAUGGCAGUAAAUUGUUAAUGUGAUCAUAAAAAAGUACUCAGAAUACAUUACUAAUAAUCUGUAAUCUAAUAGAUUGUUACUAAAUAAAGUUUUCGUCAUGUAUUUUGGAAUCCUUAAUGGACUAAAAUGAGUCAAAAAAACAGAUUCAGUCAAGCCAUUUGGACUCAAAUGAUUCAAUUCAAUUGACUGAGCAAAGUGACAUUCAGCCAAGUACAAACUCAGUGCACAACACAACUGCAUUUAACCCAUCCAAAGAACACACACAAACCAUGAACACACACCUGGGGAGCAGUUGGGGGCUCAGUGCACUUCCCCCUCAAUGGAAUUCAAUUCAAUUCCAGUUUAUUUGCUUUUUCACAAUCAAUAUUAUUUCAAAGCAGAAAAUUUAUAUUUCAUUGUUACAAUUGGGAAGUUUCUUGUAAUAUGACUCAAAUUAUCUCCAUUUAAAGUCUUUUCAUGUCAAUUUGAACUUCUAUAAUGUUUUCACUUGUUUAAGUUCAGUU